UGGCACUGACCUCCGUGGUAUCAUCCUCUGCUAGAAAACUACGUCGCCGACGAUGGCCGUACGUCUCGCGCUGGUGGCGGCGCUGCUGUGCGCCGUCGCCACCGCCGCGGUGGCGCAGCAGGCGAACAACGUGCGCGCGACGUACCACUACUACCGGCCUGCGCAGAACAACUGGGACCUGGGCGCCCCCGCCGUGAGCGCCUACUGCAGCACCUGGGACGCGAGCAAGCCGCUGUCGUGGCGGUCCCAGUACGGGUGGACGGCCUUCUGCGGGCCGGCGGGUGCCCACGGUCAGGCGGCGUGCGGGAGGUGCCUCCGGGUGACCAACACGGCGACGGGGGCGCAGAUCACGGCGAGGGUGGUGGACCAGUGCGCCAACGGCGGGCUGGACCUGGACUGGGACACCGUCUUCACCAAGAUCGACACCGACGGCCAGGGCUACCAGAAGGGCCACCUCACCGUCAACUACCAGUUCGUCGGCUGCUAGGCGCUAGCAGCUUGAUUGCUGUGCCAACAAAUGCUAUGCUGCCUAUGCAGAGAAUAGGAAGCUAUACUACUGUGUUAAAUAAAAAGCUAGCACAUGCUGCUGCUGCAUCGUUGAAAUGCAUACGUGUAUAGUGCAUGGAUCGCAAUAAUAAAGUGGAAUUAAUCAA